AACGCAGUCUACAAUUCAGCGAUUUCAACCAAUCAACCGGGUCAUCAUCACCACCACGCCACCAAUCAUCAUCAGCCGGAAGCCGGUUCCAGCUAGCUGUCCCAUCUGUACCAGAUGCACCCUUAAUUUCGGACACCUUUGCGUACAACGCCGAGCAGGGCAUUCUAACGUCUCCCCCUUCAGUCCCGUCUCGUGCCGGUGCCACGCUGGUAGCAGCAAAUCAAAGUCGCUUCACGACGAAUCCGCGCCGGUUCAUCCACCUCGUCGUCCGUCAUGCAAACACUGAUCAACAAAGCGACGACGCUGGACUCUUUCUCGGGUCGGAAGACAUUGGAUUCACCCGGUGCGGAACGGUACGCGUAAGUUCGGUUGCUUGGUUUUACACCGGAUGUUGGAACGGUGUGUGCUGCGGAAGCGAGUGCAACAUCAGUUCGGCACCUGCAUGACUGUCCAGCCCGUACGUGUACCUCCAUGGCAACUGCAAGAUGUUCUAGAAACACUCCUGCAGCCGGAAAUAGUUCGUGCAUUACCGGCUGGUAUCGCAGAAAAUCUUGAAAAAGCACCUCGAAAAAAAACUUUAACACAACGCCGGAUCGAGGAACUGCCAAUGUGGUGCGAAUGCUGAGCGUCAUGUGUGCCAACGCACCCUCGGACGCACCUGCACGAUCGAUUUUCACUCAAUGCAGUGGAUCAACGAGGACACCGGAAAGACGAGGACCGUGCAGUGGAAGAACAAUCACUGCUCGCGCAACCACACGGAACAAUGAUCAUAACCGCAGGCACGCUUGCAACCCUCACAACGGCCGCGUCUCUUUCGAGCGAAACUGGCGAUCCAAGCGCCUUCGCCGUCCGAACGAGUUGUGUCAAUCUAGCUACGCGACCUCCGAACGCCACUCGAGAAGUACGGAUUGCGUGCCUCAUGGAGGAGCGCGGACUGGUGCCGAAUUCAUCCGGAACUUGUACUCGGUUCUGUACGAGGUGUACAGUUCUUCGGCAGGAUCCUCUGUGCGGUACAAAUGCUUACGUGCCCUGCAGUGGUUGGUGUACUUUGCGAACGAUGCGCUCUUGCGAGAAGUGCUCAAGAACAAGCUAGUUUCUCGCGCAUUGACGGCAUGAUGGCAUCCAACGAUCUCAGAAUAGUGGUCGGAGCGCCGGAAGCCGGUUCCAGCAAGCAGUACCAUCUGUACCAGACGCACCCCACUUUUCGAACACUUGGCAUUCUGACGACUCCA